GACUGGUGUCCUUUUAAGAAAAGGGAAAUUUGGAUACAGAAACAGACUUAUAGGGAAAACUACCACGUGAAGAUGGAGGCUGAGACUGGACUGGUUUUAUGCUGACAGUAGGGACUACCAGAAGUUCGAAGAGUCAAGGAAAGGUCUUUCCCUAGAGCCUUACUGGCGGGCAUUGCCUUGCAGACACCUGAUUCCAGACUUGAAGCCUCCAGAACUAAUGCGGAUUGUGGAUGAUGACGUGAGCUGGACAUCUAUGUCAACCACUAAAACAGAAAAGGAGGAAGAGGAAGAUGAUGGAGAUUUGCCUGUGGUGGCUGAGUUUGUGGAUGAGCGGCCAGAAGAGGUAAAGCAGAUGGAAGCCUUUCGUUCCAGUGCCAAAUGGAAGCUUCUGGGAGGCCACAAUGAAGAUCUACCCUCACACAGACAUUUCCGUCAUGAUACCCCGGAUUCAUCUCCUCCUAGGCGGGUCCAUCAUGAUACCCUGGAUUCGUUUCCUCCUAGGAGGGUCCGUCAUGACACCCUGGAUUCAUCUCCUCCUAGAAGGGUCUGUUAUGACACCCCGGAUUCAUCUUCUCCCAGGAGGGUCCGUCAUGACCCCCUGGAUUCAUCUCCUCCUAGGACAGUCUGUCAUGACACCCCGGAUUCAUUGCAUCCUAGGAGGGUCCGUCAUGAUACCCCGGAUUCAUCUCCUCCUAGGAGGGUCUGUCAUGAUUCCCCAGAUCCAUCUCCCCCCAGGAGGGCCUAUCAUGACUCAGACCCAUCUCCCCCAAGGAGGGCCCGUCAUGAUUCACCGGAUCCUUCUUCCAUCAGGAAGCCUCAUCGUCAUUCUUCAGGUGUAUCUCCUAGGAGGGCCCGUCAUGACACACCAGAUCCAUCUCCACCUAGGAGAGCCCACCACAAUUCCUCAGAUAUCUCUCCUCGCAGAAGGGCCCAUAACAGCUCCCCUGACACAGCUCAGCCUAGAAGGACUCUUGACUCCGUGGACACACCACAGCUCAGGAGGGCCCAUCAUAAUUCCCCUGACUUGGCUUCUAAUGUCCCUCAUUCACUGCCCAGAACCAAAAGCAGUAAAGCCCCAGAAAGCUCUAGCAAAACUUCUCCACAUCGGAAGGGGCCAGGACCUUCUCAUCUAUCACUCCCAAAGAACAGCAAGUAUGAAUAUGAUGCAGAACUCUCUCCUCCACGGAAAAAGCAAGCAAAAUCCCGUUUUGGAAGUAAGCAGCAUGAUUCUAAAGGCUCUUCCCCCAGCCAUAGGAAAUAUCAUAAAAGCUCUUCACCCAGGAGACAUCAGAGUCACAUGUUGGACUCUUCUUCCUACCCAAGUGACAGUAGGAAAGCCUCUGACUCAGAUCUUUCUCCUCCACGGCAUAAACAAAGUUCAGGGCCCCGGGAUUCUGAUUCAGAUCUGUCACCUCCACGGAAUAGACCUAGGCACGGGAACUCUGAUUCUGACCUCUCUCCACCAAGGAGGAAACAGAGGGCCAAAUCUUCUGAUUCCGACCUGUCUCCACCUCGAAGGAGUCAGCCUCUGGGAAAGAAGGCUGCACACAUGUAUUCUGGGGCUAAAACUGGGUUGGUGUUAACUGACAUACAGCGAGAGCAGCAGGAGCUCAAGAGACGGGACCAAGAGACCAUGGCAUUUGAAGCUGAAUUCCAGUAUGCUGAAACCGUAUUUCGAGAUAAGUUUGGUCGUAAGAGGAAUUUGAAACUGGAACGUUUAGAGCAGAGGAGAAAAGCGGAGAAGGACUCGGAGAGAGAUGAGCUGUAUGCUCAGUGGGGAAAAGGGCUUGCACAGCGCCGGCAGCAGCAACAAAAUGUGGAGGAUGCAAUGAAGGAAAUGCAAAAGCCUCUGGCCCGCUAUAUUGAUGAUGAAGAUCUAGAUCGGAUGCUGAGGGAAAAAGAAAGAGAGGGGGACCCCAUGGCCAACUUGAUCAAGAAGAAUAAGGCCAAGGAGAGCAAGAAUAAGAAAGUGAGACCUCGCUACAGUGGCCCAGCACCUCCUCCCAACAGGUUCAAUAUCUGGCCUGGAUAUCGCUGGGAUGGAGUAGACAGAUCCAAUGGAUUUGAACAGAAGCGCUUUGCCAGGCUUACCAGCAAGAAGGCGGUGGAGGAACUUGCCUACAAGUGGAGUGUUGAGGAUAUGUAACUUUUCUGAGGCAGUGGGGGUGGCUGUGGGUUGUGGUGGUGGACACAGGGUGGACAGACGUCCAGCUGCAACAGUCAUCUGUGCUCAUAAUCAGGGCCCACACAGACCAGCGACUUGUUGGAUGCCAGUUUUGACUGCAGAAGAAUAUUUGAGACGUAAUGUUUGGACUGAAAGACCUGUACUUCUCAGGUGUGCCGACACUGCCUGUUGCUGGCUCUCAGAGGAAGCGUUGAUUUCUCUGUGUCCCAGGGUUUGUUCUUGGUUAGGGUUUUCCCUUUUUAAUAAACACACAUUUAUUUUUUUA